AUGAAUACAGACAAUAAAAGAAAUGAUAUGUCGAGUAAUCCGGUUGACCCCCGGCGCCUAGAUAGUUCCGGGCUGUCUGGUGUAAAAUUGGCGACCGGCCACAGGAGGGUGACCCACCAGGCUUCUUAUGGAAACUGGGCUACUGGUGGUAAACAAACCAAAGUACAGCGAAAUCAACACAUAAAAAUAGGCACAUGGAAUGUCCGCGGCCUGCUACAACCAGGGAAGCGAGAGACAGUGGAAUCUGAAAUGCAAAGAUGCGGAGUGGAAAUACUGGGCCUGAGUGAAACGCAUUUCAGAGAUAGUGGACACUUCAAAACUGGAAAUGGAAACAUGAUAUUCCUUGCUGGUAACGGUGAAAAGAACAACAAUGGAGUUGGGUUUAUUGUUGCAAAAAACCUGAAGGACAGUGUACUGGGCUAUGAGGCGAUUGGUGACAAAAUGAUCAGGAUUAGAAUUGGUGCCCGUCCGCACACCCUGAACAUCAUCCAGGUGUAUGCGCCUACAACCGAGUGUACGGAGGAAGAAAUAUCUGAUUUCUACGCAAAACUUGAGACAGUCUGCCAUAUGGGACCGGGGAAGAAGACCACCGUGCUGCUGGGCGAUUUUAAUGAAAAAGUGGGAGAAACUACGCACAAUACACACCUUAACCAAACAGUAGGGAAGUACGGUUUGGGGGUUUACAAUGAGAGAAAACUGUUUCUCCAAUUCUGCAUAGGUAACCAAUUCACCAUCAUGAAUACUUGGUUCAAGCAACACCCACGAAGAUGGCGCUCGUCCAUUACUAAUACCAAGACAUUACCCGGGGCGGACUGCGGAAGCGACCAUCAGUUGCUGGUUACGGAAUUUAAAGCCCGGCUCAAAGUCGUCCAUAAAGCCAGUAACAACAAGGCACUGCACAUGCACGCUGAUGCAAUAUCGCAAUUCAGGCGGGAUAUGGGGACUAGGCUUCUAAAAAUGGAGACGGAUAACAGAAUCAGCCAAUGA